GACUAGAGUAAUUUAGAAUAUGUAGUAAACUUGGACGAGUUGGAUUGAAGUUGCUGUGCAUCUCUAUGACUUUACUUCCUGACGUAUCCACAUGAAAUGUGUUUGUUAUUUUGUAGAUGGGAAUGACUUUUUUUUGGUUAGGGGGGUGUUUAGGGCAACAGGAGAGUGAGUGAGGGGACGCUGGGCUGACCAAUUAAGCGCUUGUGCGUUAUAUUGUAGAGGGGCAAGAGUUUUGUUUUGGUUAGGGGGUAGUUUAGGGCAACAGGAGAGUGAGCGAGGUGAAGCUGGGCUGAUCCACUGAGCGCUGUGCUGUAACACCAGGCUCCCUGCAUUAGCAGAGCUGCAGCGCUCUAUCAGACUGAACGACUGGUUCCGGCUUACAAACAGCGGGGACAUGGCGUCGCUCAUCCAGCUGAUGUGCUGGCCGGGAGACUGGGGUCUGCCCUCCGUCCACACCGACUGUCUCAUCAUAUUGGCAUAUGCCAAAUUUUCACGGGCUCCUCUAAAAGUGCACUUUAUUAAUAAUCCAUGGAAAACACCUACAGGAGACAUUCCAGUAUUAAUUUCUGACAAUAUGAAUGUAGUGCAACCUGAAAAUAUUCUGAAUUUCCUGAGAAAACAGAAAUACAACGCAGAUUAUGAAUUAACAGCUAAAGAGGGAGCUGACACUCUGGCAUUUAUUGCACUGAUAGAAGAGAAGUUGCGACCCGCAUUGCUGCACACUUUUUGGGUGGAUAUUGAGAAUUACUGCAAUCUGACUCGACCAUGGUUUGCUUCAAGAAUCCCCUUUCCAUUGAACUUCUACUUACCAGGGCAGAUGUCAAGAUCUGCCAUGAAUCAAAUUGUUCUGACCAAAGGAGAACCACCUUUAUACAACCUCAAAGAGGUGGAAGCGCAGAUCUACAGAGAUGCCAAAGAGUGUUUGAACCUGCUGUCCUACAGAUUGGGAACAUCAGAUUUCUUCUUUGGGAAAAUACCAACCAGUUUUGAUGCCUUUGCAUUUGGAUUUCUUGCUCCUCUGUAUAAAGCAGAGCUGCCUAAUGCGCACCUCCAGAAGCAUUUGCAUCAGCUCCAUAAUCUAUGCCAAUUCUGUGACAACAUCCUGAGUCAGUACUUCACACAAAGCUCUACAGAAGAUAUGAUGGAUGCAAACCUACAGAAGCUGACGCAGCUUGUAAACAAGGAAUCCAACCUGAUUGAGAAGAUGGAUGACAAUCUUCGCAACAGUCCCCAACACAAACCUCAAGUUGCACCCCCUUCAAAACUGAUGCCCAUGGGCUCAUCGCGACACUGAUUGUCUUGACUCUUUUUGCAUAUAUAUUUGCAGCAAAUCAUCAGUUAACAGAACUUUAACGUGACCAUGGAUCUAAAGAGCGGGUAAUGGGAGAUAAUUUUUAAGAAGUGCCAUUUUACGGUGAGGUAUCUGAUGUGCUGACCUGAACAUGUACCCAAAAUGGAGAUCUGAAGGAUUCAACUAAAACUGCGGGAUUCACCAGGUGUUGUUUCCAAUUCAGCAACUAGCACUUAGGAAAUAGUACCCUUUCAGACGUAAUUUAUCAGACACGCAUUUAUUAUUACCUGAGCAAAUAUUAGUGUUUUAAAGUGUUAAAAUGCAAUAGAUAAUUGACUGCCAUUAGACAUUCUAGGUUGAGAUAGUGCUACUUAUUAUAGAUGGAGGUAAGACAUGCCAGUUUUUGAAAGGUUGACCAGGUGGCUGACAGUUCUGGAGCAAACGUCAUCUGGAAGCCACAGCAUUUCCUAGAAUACUGUACUGUUUUAGCUCUGCAGUCUAUAUCAUACAGAUGUUGUCCAACUCUGAUCUGUCCUGUAGCAAGUGAACAGCCACUCUUUUAAUAGCUGUCACCUGUAGUUCAUUUCAUCUGAAAAAAUUGUACCUCAAGUAAUGUUUCCAAAGGGCUGCAGUUAUUACGCCUCAAUCAAUGCAUUAGCACCUCUUUAGUUUUAGUGGAGACAGCUCCAGGAAAGAAUACUAACAUAUUGUAAAUAAUGUCAGGAUAUUAUUUUCCUAAAAUUCCAUAGAUUAAUAAAGUAAAGAAAAUAUUAGAACAUAUUAAAAAAACUGACUUUAGAAAUCCUUUUGGAGAAAAACGUAUUUGGUUACAUACAUUUAUGUAAUGGUUACUAACAAACUUAUGUGCAUAAGAAAACAAUCAAUUGGAAUCAGUUAAGGUUUGUACCCUAUCAAAUUUAGUUCAGAUGCUGCUGUCAUUUGAAGUCAUAAAACUUCCUGCUGUUACGACUGAAUCAGUUAACUUGAGUUAGUGUGUCGAAUUUAAUCUCAAAACGUGUGAUGGGAAGAAUCUUCAGAGUGGAACCUGAUCAAAUAUUUUUAUGGCCUGUUUAUACCCAAAUGGUUUGAACCCAAGUUAUUCAAGAGAAAUUGCAACUUGGUUGAAAUGUGUAUUUAAAUUGUAAAUCAGUACAUUAAUAGGUAAAAUGUCAGCUUAAAUGAUAUGCUUAAAUUGCAGUUCUAAUGUGAUAAAGCUAACUUUGGAAAAGGAGAUUAUCGUGCCUUUAAGUAUGUUCUUGUUAAACUCAGAUUUUGCCUUGAUAAGAUAUGGUAAGACCAUUUUAAUCUAAAGAAAAGGUUCUUAUGCUGAAAGAGAAAAAAAAACUUACGUUAGCAAGGGUGUUUGUCUGCGUAAAUAUAUUUUUGAAAGUUUAGGACAUUUUCUGUACUUUAUACUGUUCUUUACUAUUUGACAUUCUCCUCAAGAAUACUUUAUUUGCAAAAUGAAAAUCUGGAGUGUGGAUGCCAUCAUGCCACAUGUACUGUAUUACAUUACUAAUAACAGUUUAAAUACAAGAAAGAUGAUUUUUCAGCAUCAGCAUUGAGAAUAUUUGCACAAGGCGACUUAAAUAUGAUUUUAUAUUAAAUGCAGAUACUGAGCCAGUUUUGGUUAAUCAUCUAUCUUUCAUAACGAAAAUAGGAAGUGCAAGCAAUACUCAGCAGGUCUGGCAGUAUCUGUGGAGAGAGAUGCACUUAACAUUUUUGACUCAAAUAUGGACUUUAUAGAAAAAUAAUUGUUUUGUAGUGCAUAACUUAAAUAUUGGCUAAAAGGAGAUGAGAUUUUCAAGAUAUUCAUUUUGCACUCGUCAGUACUAGAAUGCAAGAAACAGACUUGAGAAACGGCACACUGUCUUAUACACAUAAAAACAUGGUUCUGAUUGGUAUCCUUCAGUGCCAUUCACUAUAAGAUCAGUCUCAGUAGCAUUCUUGUGAAUAAGGCCCUAGCUAUCAGCUCAGAACUUGAUGCUGAGUUCGGGCGUAUCAGAACUAUAAUGGAUAUGCUGAUCAAGUCAUCAUUCACUUUAAAUAAUCAAAACAGAUGAAAGGGCUAAUGUCCUCCAUCUUUGGCCCUGAGCAGCGCCCAGCCUACUUCAGAUUAUGCUGGAAGAUGAAGAUGUCUCCAAAAUUUGAACGACAGGCGUCUCUGGUAUACAGUAAACCCACAAGUGGUUAUCUCCAUUAACAAAGUGCUGCCAUUAAGCUGAAAAGGUGUUUUGUACACCAGCCCCCGACACACGCGCACACACACACACACGCACGGGUACAGUGAUCUGAGUUUCAGUGCCGGUGUAACACCGAAUAAGUAGGCUAUAGGUUGGCAGUUCUUGUCCAACAUAUCCCAUUGAUCAUUCAUAGUGUGCCAUUCACGCUAAACCAACCUGUGGUUGCAGAACAGUAUAUCCACUCAGAAAAACGUAUCCAGCAUAAGAUGUGAUUCUGCAAUUGGAAAUCAUUUACUACAUAGUGCAGACUAUGAUAAAUGUUACACCAAAUGCCAGCCAUGCUGAUUAGUAUGAUGAGUGUGUCUGUGUGUGUUAAAAGCUACAUAUAUAAAUGUACAGGAAUGGCUCUUGUGGAGCUGUGAUUGCGUCCCUACCUCUGGGCCAGCAGGUCCUGGGACAAACCUUACAUGCUUCAGGAAUGUACAAUUGCUCCUCUGAAUAGCCCAAUUAGAAAUUACUGUUAAAUGCACAGGAAUCUGUUUUGUGUAGGCAAGAGGAAUUUGUGCUUACAUUGCACCAAUUGAAAAAAAAGUAUAGGGUUUUAUCAGCUAUUGCAUCCCCAUGGCAACACCCUGACCAAUCAGCGGCCUUGUGCCUUGUCUUCGAAUUAACAUUGAAAGUUAACUGUUCUUGCUCCACCUCCAUAUCAAUGAUGACCCAACCAGUCAGUACCCUCUUCUCAUGCUGAAUAAAAUGGUGUCCUUUUUUCUUCCCAACUUUGUUCCUUGACUCCUAUUUCUGACGAUAGCAAGAUGAAAAGCUUCCACAACUUGUCUCCUCUCAGCAAUGUUGAAAUAUUUCAGAACUGAAGGAGGUUGGAAAUGUAAUAUGUUGCAGAAAGUAAUGACAGGGAGAAAGAUCCAAGGGAAAUUCUGGAAUAGCGAGUGGGAGUGAUUAAUUUGUCGCAUAUGUCAUGGAUCAAAAGACAAAGAAGAAACUAACCAAUUGCCUGGAAUGAGUGUGAUUGGCAGAAAAAUGAACAGCUCUGUUCAAGAGCACAGACAUUAAAACUAGAUUCAGAUUGGCACACGGCAAAAUAAAAACAGAAUCAAAAUUGGAGAGACAGUUCACUGUUUGUUGUUGAACUCAAUGUUAAGUUCAAUAUUAUGGGUGGCGCAGUGGUUAACAUUGCUGCCUCACAGCACUAGGAACCUGGGUUUGAUUCCACACUUGGGCGGCUGUCUGUGUGGAGUUUGCACAUUUUCCCCAUGUCUGCGUGGGUUUUCUUUGGGUGCUCCGCUUUCCUCCCACAGUCCAAAGAUGUGCAGGUUAGGUGGAUGGGCUGUGCUAAAUUGCCCAUAGAGCCCAGGGUUGUGCAGGCUAGGUGGGUUAGCCGUGGGAAAUGGAAAGUUAU